AAUCCAUUUGACGUACUUAGAGUUUUCUCUGAUCAUGGCGUCUCAGAAAUCGAUCUGGUUUUUAGUUGCCAUGUUCAUCAGUUUCUUAUGUUCUUCAUAUGCUGUCACCUUGGAAGUUGGUGACGAUGAUGGGUGGACCUUAAACCCUAUUGAAGACUAUAAUGCAUGGUCCGGCAGAUUGAGAUUUCUGGUCAAUGAUACCCUGUAUUUCAAGUAUGAAGAUGUCACGGAUUCUGUUUUGGUGGUGGACAAAGAUGAUUACGACAACUGCAAUGUUGAUAAUGCCAUCGAGAAGCUGAAUGGUGGUGAAUCGUAUUUCAAACUUGAACAACCGGGUCCUCAUUACUUCAUUACUGGUAAUAAAUCCAACUGUGAUCAAGGUCAGAAGCUUAUUGUGUCAGUUUUGCACAUCAGAACCCAAUCGCCACCUUCAAUUCCACGUGCUCCAUCAACCCUUCCACCAGCACCGUCAUCUCCUCUCACAGUUGUUGGUUGGUGGAGAAAAUAGGUGAAGGAAAAGGUGGUCAAAGAAGAUGGCCAUAGAAAAUUGUUAAUCAAUGUAAAAGCUAGUUGGCAGUAGUCCAAAUUAGUGGGUAGAAUUUCAGAUUACCAAAGAUUGUGUUAGCCUUCAUUUUUUACUAACUAGGUAG